AUGUCUUUGAAACCUCGGAAGGUUGAUUUUGAAGUUACUUGGGAAAUUCUCUUACAGACCGUACAUGGAGUCAUCACUUGUGGACAAGUGGCUCGAUCAACUUGGAAUGAUCGCUUCUCUGAUGUCUAUGCUUUGUGUGUGGCUGUGCCAGAAUCCUAUUCAGAUCGUUUGUAUGAAGAAAUAAAAACAUUUUCUGAAAAACAUGUGGAAAAACUCUACAAGACUGUGUUGUAUGAUGACAAUUUACUGGCUGCCUAUCACAAACACUGGCAGCAGUACAGUCAAGGAUCAAUUUAUUUAAAUCAACUUUUUGGUUAUUUAAACACAACAUAUAUAAAAAAACAGAAAUUGUCAGAUGCUGACCUUGCAUAUGGCCCAUUCAAUUAUGAAACAAAUGAUCAGAAACUUGAAAUUGGUGAAUUAUGUCUGGAUAUCUGGAAGCGUCACAUGAUAGAGCCUUUGCGCAAACAAUUGAUAGUACUGAUUUUGCAAGAAAUUCAAAAAGAUCGAAACGGUGGUGCUGUCAACCAGACCGUGUUGCAUGGGGUCAUGAAUUCUUUUGUUAAUGUAGAAGAAUAUAAGAAGAAGGAACAAGUACAAUUCUAUAGAAAUCUCUUUGAACGCCGUUUCCUUCAAGAAACGGGAGAAUAUUAUCGACAAGAAGCUUCCAAGCUAAAGAGUGAAUACAACUGUUCAGAAUACAUGGAAAAGGUAAUCCAGAAAUUAUGUCAGGAAAAUAUGCGGAGUCGAAAGUUUCUACAUCCAUCAUCAUAUGAGAAAGUAACUCAUGAAACCCAGGAAAGAAUGGUUGCUGACCAUAUCCAGUUUCUUCAUGCGGCUUGUGAAGAAAUGGUACAGUCUGAGAGGAGGAAAGAUCUAUCUAAUAUGUAUAUCUUACUUAAACCUAUUCGAAAUGGCCUGAACUAUUUAAUUGAAAAGGUUGAAAAUUACAUCAGACAAACUGGUCUUGAAGCUGUGCAAGAUCUCAAAGGGGAUAAUGUGCCCUGUAUGUUUGUGGAAUCUAUGUUAGAAGUCCACAAGAAAUACACAGAAUUGAUACAAAGUGUUUUUAAUAAUGACCAGAAAUUUAUUCAAGCUUUGGAUAAGGCAUGUGCUGCUGCUAUUAACAGCAAGAUUAAAGGUGAAUGCAAGUCUCCGGAACUGCUAGCAAAAUAUAAUGAUAAUCUUUUGAAGAAAAGCUCCAAAGGAAUUUCUGAAAGUGAAUUGGAUGAGAAACUCGAUAACUGCAUAACUGUAUUCAAAUAUUUAGAAGAUAAAGAUAUUUACCAACGAUUUUAUUCUAGAAUGCUGGCUAAACGGUUAAUUUAUAACCUGUCCACUUCAAUGGAUGCUGAGGAAGCUAUGAUAAACAAAUUAAAGCAAGCCUGUGGCUAUGAGUUUACAAACAAACUGCACCAAAUGUUUACAGAUAUGAAUAUUAGUAGAGAUUUAAACAAAAAGUUUGAAGACUUUUGCAAAAGUAAAAAUUUGGACAUUGGUGUUGGUUUUUCAAUAUUAGUCCUACAGGCUGGAGCAUGGCCCAUUCGACAAAGUGGGUUCCCAACAUUUGCUAUCCCACAAGAAUUAGAAAAAAGUGUCCGAAUGUUUGAAAUGUUUUACAACAAAAAUUUCAGUGGUCGAAAAUUGACCUGGAUGCAUUAUUCAUGUAUGGCUGAUGUUCGAUUUAAUUACUUAAAAAAAACAUACACUGUGACAAUGGGCACAUACCAUAUGGCAAUUUUGUUACUUUUCAACAAUGCUGACAAUUUGACGUUUCGAGAAUUGAUGGAAACCAGCCAAUUACCAGACAAAGAAUUAGUGAAACAGUUACAGGUGUUAGUAGAAAGUAAAAUCUUGAUUACAGAGGGUGAGAUCAAUGACAACAGUGUAUUUCAUCUCAACAAAAAUUACAGUAACAAAAGAUUGAGAUUCAAAAUCACAGUGAUGCAAAAACUAACACCUCAGGAGGUGGAACACACACAUAUGUCAGUUGACAAUGACCGAAAGAUGUACUUACAGGCAGCCAUAGUACGCAUAAUGAAAGCAAGGAAAGUUAGCAGACAUAUUUUACUUGUUGAUGAAGUAAUCAAACAGUCCAAGUCACGUUUCACUCCCAGUGUGAGUCUUAUCAAGAAAUCCAGACGAAUAUGUGUAUGUUGCCUGAGGCAGGGUCAUUUCUCAACAUCCACCACCACCUCCUGCAAAAGAAUCGCAACAAUAAUUUCUGCUACUACGACUUGUUGUAGCAGCAGUGAUCAAUUCUUGCUGUUCCCCCCCAUCCCUGGUCACCACACAGUCUUUGACCCUUGGAAGAUGUGGAGGUUUGUGGUUGGCAAUAACCUCCAACAUUUACAACCACUUCCACCACUAAGCCUCCUUUUUCUUUCUGUGGGCAAAUUAAUAUUAUAA